AUGAGCUCCUAUUUCGUGAACCCUCUCUUUUCCAAGUGCAAAGGCAGUGAAACGUUGGAACCAACUUACUACAACUGCAGGUUCCCUCAAGGAGUCACCCGGAGACACGCGCUGGUGUACGGUGCGGGAGCGGCGACGACGGGAUUUCAGCACCCGCCCCAUCACGUCCAAGACUUCUUUCACCAUAGGACGCCGGCGAUCUCCACACCAGGCUACCAGCAGAAUCUAUGCGCCUUGGCUUGCCAUGGAGAUGGCACUACAUUUUAUGGAUACGAAGCCCUUCCAAAACAAACGCUUUAUGGUACCCAACAAGAGGCAAGCGUGGCGCUAUACCCAGACUGUAAAUCGUCAAAUGGCACUAACCUCGGAGAAGGACAAGGCCACCUAAAUCAAAACCAGUCUCCUAGUCUCAUGUUUCCAUGGAUGAGACCCCACGCCCCCGGAAGACGGAGUGGCCGACAGACCUACAGUCGAUACCAAACACUGGAGUUGGAGAAGGAAUUUCUAUUCAACCCUUACCUCACCCGUAAGCGUCGGAUCGAGGUGUCUCACGCUUUAGGACUGACGGAGCGGCAGGUGAAGAUUUGGUUCCAAAACCGAAGGAUGAAGUGGAAAAAGGAAAACAUCAAGGACAAAUUUCCGUGUCAAAGAGUAGAGACGGAGAACGAGGGUAAUGGUGAUGGUGAGGGAGAGGGCAAGGGAGAGGGCGAUGAUGAAGGCAAUGAUGAUGGUGAAGGAGAAGAGGGAGACAAAAAGGAAACGGGAGAUGAAGAGGAGGCGAAUGAGUGA